ACGCAGGAGAGAUUAUAAACCAGGGCAGACUGCAGGAGCGACAACACAGACGACCUGAGAGAGACGCGUCCCCUCGUUUUGCCUCGGAAAAUAAAACAAAACUAAAGAAAAACCAUGAGCACAGAGUGGGUUCCCUCACUGUGGAUAUACCAAUUCGAGCAAAUGGUGGACGAGCAGCUGGACUAUGGAGACCAGUGGGGCCUCAACUUUAACUACAGCCAGACAAAUGAAGUCACCAAUGAGGAGAAUAAGAGAGGCUGGAAAGUCUGCUGCUGCCGCACGUUUGGAGACUUCCUGUGUCACUCCUGCCGGAGGACCUGGCCCUCGGCGCGGGUGGUGGUGUUGUUCCGCUACCGGCUGCGGGGUAACCAGCACCGGGGCACAGUCAUCAUGCGGCCCUUCAGACAGGCCUGUCGGGAGUGCCAAAAUAAAGAGUUCAUACUCCCAGGUUUUUCUGAAGAUGAGGUGAAACAGGCCCUCCUCAAGCUCUUCGCCAAGAUACGCAAGAACUGCUACGGAGUAGAGGAUGGUGACUGUUCAGGGAGCACUGAAAAUGUGUACACCAAACCCCAUGAGGAAAACCUGUGUGAGGCAUGCAGCGAGGGCAUUUGUCAGGAAGAAUAAAUAGAGGUGAGUGAGACAGAGAGAAAAUGGAAUAUGAAAGCAGAGAUUUUUUCCUGUAAUUAAAACAAACAGCAAUAACCAAAAAAUACCAUUCCUACUGGGAGAAAAGCUAAAAUGCUUUGCAGUAGAUGCAGAACAUGUGUUGUCCUGCAGUAAACCUGACUAACAAGACAAGACAACCAGACAAGACCAUACACCCAGAGUCCACAGUUCAAUACAGCAGCUCUGCCAUAAAUUAAAGUUUAUAAUGUUCAGUGUUUGUUCAUGUUGUGGAGAAAUGUUGUGUUUAAAUUUAAUGCUGUGUUCAUUACUGGGGUUGUAGUUUGCAGAGGUCUUGUA